AUGGUUAUCUCAAAUCAAGAUUACAUUGAUCAUGAACUAUCCACUAGUUUGGAUUCAGCUGAUUCUUUUGAAGGCCCAGAAAAAUUAUUGGAGAUUUGGUUAACUCCACAUGAAAAUGAUUUAAAUGUUGAAAAUGGCUUAAGAUCUGUACCUUUAUUUGAAUGGCAAAAUCUUCUAGAUAUCAUCAAUUGCAAGAUUCUUUCUCUUAAAAAAUCAGAAAAUUUAGAUGCUUACAUUUUGUCAGAAUCUUCUUUAUUUGUUUAUAAUAAUAGAAUCAUUUUAAAAACUUGCGGCACAACAACAACUUUACUAUCCAUUGAUUAUUUUUUCAAAAUCUGUGAAAAAUAUCUCCACUGGAAUAUCAAAUUUUUUAAAAAACCUUUCAAAAUUUUUUACUCAAGAAGAAAAUUCAUGUUUCCUCAUAAACAAAUUGGUUUGCAUAAAGAUUGGAAUCUCGAAGUCCAAUAUUUAGACUCAUUUUUUGAAGAUGGUUCUUCCUAUAUUGUUGGUAAAUCAAACAAAGAUCACUGGCAUCUCUAUACAAACGGUAACUCAAAUCUUGUUCAAUUUCCAAUCAAUAAUGGUUUGCCUUCUCCAUCUGUCUUCAAAUUCAAUGACGAAACCUUUGAAAUUUUAAUGACUGGUUUAUCUACCGAAGCUUCUCGUCAAUUCUUCACCAACGAAAUUUUCAAAAAUAAUCUUUCUGGAAAUUCAAACCUGCAUACAGAUGGCCACAUUCUGGGCUUAAAAACAUCAAAAUUCACUCAACUAAACAACAUUUAUAACACCGAUGCCAUUAUUCAUGACGCCUUUUCCUUCACCCCAUGUGGCUAUUCUUCAAAUUCUAUUAUCGAUGAAAAAUAUUACUACACUUUACAUGUCACUCCCGAAAAGGGUUGGUCUUAUGCUAGUUUUGAAAGCAAUGUUCCUUCAUUAAAAUACAAUUUGACUAAUUUAACUAUUUUGAAAAAAAUUUUGAACCUUUUCAAGCCUUCACAUUUUGCUUUCACUCUUUUCCAACUAAAGGAUGAAUUUGUUCAUAUUGAUCAUCUUUAUGACUUUAAUAAUCACGAAAAAACUGACAGAAUCAUCUAUGAUGUUGAUGAAUACGAAUUAUUAUAUCUUAGUUUUGUAAUUGGGGAGGAAUAA